GUAAUCUUUUCUUCCUGUGGUGAUUUGGAUCUGAUUGAGCACCAAACAAGCUUGGUGUCUUCAGAAGACGGAACAAGGGAGCAGGAGAACAUGGAUGAUUCAAACAGUGAACAACAAUUCAGAGUCUUUAGGGACUUUGAUUUCCUAGAUGUUGAGCUGGAAGAUGGAGAGGGUGAGAGCAUGGAUAACUUCAACUGGGGAGUACGCAGACGGUCCCUGGAUAGCCUGGACAAGUGUGACAUGCAGCUGCUGGAAGAGAGCCAGCUCUCAGGGAGCACGCCCAGCCUGAACAAAAUGAACCAUGAGGACUCCGAUGAGUCAUCUGAGGAGGAGGACCUGACCACCAGCCAAAUCUUGGAGAACUCAGACCUAAUUAUAACUCUGUCCCCAUCUGAGGAUACAAAUCAUAUUGACUCACUUUCUACAUCAUGUGACACAACCUCAGCAGACCCUCAUCAUUUUAAUAUAGGAACGUCUAGCUUUGAUGUGUCUUUGCCUGAUAUGAAUAAUCUCCAAGUGUCUGAAGGAUCCAAGGUUGAAGCUGUACAUGAAGAACAAGAUACAGCAGUGCAUGAGGAUGACCUUUCAGGGUCAACAAAUGAACUCCCUGGAGCAUUUGAAUGCAGCGAUAGCCUUAGUCUGGAUAUGACAGAGACUGAAGAGAAAGUUGAGAGGCUGGAACAAUUUGCUCUGGCUAGUUUUGGAGAUGUUGAUCGAAAUGCCUCCCCUCCUCCCUCACCAUUUUUCUCUGCCAUCCUUGCUGCAUUUCAGCCAGCAGCAUGUGAUGAUGCAGAAGAAGCCUGGCGUAGUCAUAUCAACCAGCUCAUGUGCGACUCUGAUGGUUCCUGUGCAGUUUAUACAUUUCAUGUGUUCUCUUCCUUGUUUAAGAAUAUUCAGAAAAGAUUCUGCUUCCUAACUUGUGAUGCAGCUAGUUACUUGGGAGACAACCUGCGAGGAAUAGGCUCCAAGUUUGUGAGGUCUUCUCAGAUGUUAACAUCAUGUUCAGAAUGUCCCACCCUUUUUGUAGAUGCAGAAACACUGCUGUCUUGUGGCCUUCUCGAAAAGCUGAAGUUCAGUGUUUUAGAACUGCAGGAGUACCUGGACACAUACAACAACAGGAAAGAAGCAACACUCUCGUGGCUUGCAAACUGCAAAGCAACAUUUGCUGGGGGCUCACGAGAUGGAGUUAUUACCUGCCAGCCAGGGGACUCAGAAGAGAAG